AUAGCUCGGACCUGAACUAACAGUCCACAACGACCUACAUGAAAUAGUGACGUCAGUGGUGACCGCCACAUUUGCGUAAUAGACUUGCGCCGCAAAAAAGAGGUGGUGCCAGGGUUCGUUGCCACGGAGACCAAGCAGGUCAUGCAAGUGUUUUUAAGAUGAUGUCACUGCCAGUUCGGCCCAUGGAUUUCGGUACUUCAGAAACUGUAAGAGCAGAAGCUGAACGCAGAUAUGAUCUGUCAGAUGCUGCAUUGGGAACUAGUACCUUCCAUUCUCACCAGGAUUGUGGUACACAGGAAAUACAUAAAACUAAGUUAGUGACACAAUGUGCGCUUUCCUCUGUUCCUCCAGUACAGUCAUCGCCACAUAAAAUACCACUGCCUCAUGUGUCGUGUUCGAGUGGUUCAUCGCCAUCUGUUCUGCAUUCAUCUGUUGAGGAUCCUACCUGCAGAAAACGCCAGAGAACUUCCAUUGGACCAGUGUGCUGCCCAGUUCCUGCCCGACGUAUGAAUGCUCCUCAGAGAGAAACUUUGAGCUCUUCAGAAUAUGAUGGCAGGACAACAAGCAGGACUAAAUCAUCAGUUCUCCAAAUGGUUCGUGGAGAGCAAAGGGAACACUGCUCAGUCACAAUUCCAGGUAGUCGAGUAACUGCACUGUAUGCAGAGUUGGUUAGGGAACUUGAGGGGCAGGUUGCAGAGCUGAAUGAGAUCCUAGCUGCUCGAGAUGAUGCAGCUGUGCUGAGAGAGCAGAAGAUCCAUGAACUGGAGAAAGAGAACCAGGAGCUAAGGAGACAAGUUCAGAAUCUUGAGGAGCAGAAUGAUGUUCUGUCUCACUGUGGACAAGGGAUCACAAGGGAAGGUGAUUAUGUCAUCGGACCAGAGGGAUGUAAUAUGGUUGUCAACAAAAGUAACAUUACCUUCCUAAAGAGCCUGAUCGAAUUCCUGGAAACAAAUUCAAACUCGCAGAUUUCAGAUUCUCAUAAAGUUUCCACACCGCUUUCAUCUGCUGAGCCUAAAUUCUCUUCCACUGAGGUCCUGGCAUCUCCUGUUCUUCCUGCUAGGCCUGAGAUGAUACUCCCCAGCUCUACAGCAGCAGAUGUGUCUGGCCCAGCACCAGAUAGUAUGCUGCGUGUAAGUGGGGUCACUAGUGGUUUCCAGUAUUGGACGAACAUGGAGGAAGGUGGAGAAAGUAUGCUCCCUGAAUCCUGUGCACUCUGGGAGGAGCCUUUGCAGGAAACCCUGCCAGAUGGAUCCCCAGCCUGGGCUUCCCCCCUCGAGAGUAACGGGAGACCUAAGUUGGAACUGGUGCCUAAUUCUGGGGUGUACAUUACAUACCAGCAGCUGGAAGACCUUUCCCAGAUACCCCCAGAUAAACCUAAGCUCAUGACACGGAGACUCCUUGAUUACUUUUUCUCAAGGGAGACCUUGGCAAGAUCUUCAGCUACUGGACAGCGCAUAGCUCAUAACAACACCACUAUGGAGAAACCUCUGCGUCUACCUGUUUCUGUAGUGACUGCCAUUAAGGCAUACGUGACAAGGGCCUGUGGUCGUGGUUGUAACUUUAAUGCUGUGAUAAACAGUAAAUGUGGCACAUCCCGCAGGGCAGUGAAAAAGAUGUCUAUCCGCAUUGACUGGACUGAAGGAGGGGGGCAACGUUGUCCCAGAACAGUGCCUGGCACAGAGUUAGCAAUAUCGCCAUAAAGAGGACAACAACCCAAUGAAGAGCUACUGUGCACGUUCAGAGUUUUACCAGGGACAUUCUGCUGCUUUUUGUCCCACACCUCUGCAUUGAAGUGUUGGAUUAUAAACCUCAGGUCCUGUGAGGCUGUGUUCUCCCAUUCCCCUGUGUAUCAACAAGCAUGAACACUUGACAACUGCUGUAAAUAACAUAAAAAAAGUCAGGAUUAAUUGAAUAAACUUUUUUUUACUUA